UUGACCAAGAUGCGCAGCACCCUCUUGGCCUCUCCUCUCUCAGAGUCUCACUCAGCCACUCUCCUCCUUCCUCUCAUCGAGCUCCCUCACUCCCUCACUUCCCUCUUUCUGGCCUCUGAACGAACACACUGAAGAACGCAGAGAAGAGAACUCGAUCGCAGCUUGGAGGAAGCCCCGAAGCAGCCCUCUCUCAUCGCCGUUCCUCAAAGUCCAGCCACCGCCGCCAUCCGCAUUGCUACAGCUUCGGCGCAACGUCGCCCUUGUUCACCGCGCGUCCACCUCCUUUUUGGCCAAGCUUCUGCCUCUGUUUUUUGGCCAACCCUUGUUCUCCCCUUUUUGGCCAACCCUUGUUCGAGCUGCUUAGCCCUCUGUUCGGUCCUCUACGCCGCGUGUUCGAGCCUCUGCUCCACCGCCUUUCAGCCACCGUUCAACCAUUGUUCAGCUUCCGUUCAACCAUUUCCGUCGCGUUUUAAAGCUCCUCCCUUCCCUGUUCUGCUUGAAUUUCAGAACUGCUCCAUCCUAGGAACCUUGCUCAGAACCCUUUUUCCUGUUGCCUCUUCUUAGCCGCCAUUCCCUUCUCAUUAACGAAGAGGUAGCAGCUGCAGUAGCUGCCAAAGUUCUUUACCCUCGCCAACGAAGACGUGGACACCAUACGCUGUUCCGUCUUUUGUCGUUUCAUCUCUCUGCAAACGACAACAACGAACUCCGUUUUGUUUGCAUCGCGUUUUGCGUUUUGCAUUUCGUCCCUUUUUUAAACUCGGCUCAAUGGGAAGGGUUAGUGGAGCCGAGAAGCAAGAGUUCAGUGAGAUGGAGAACGCUGAAUUCUCUGAUUUGCAGCUAAUUUGUCAUGUUAGAGAUGCACUUUCAGCAGUCACUUUGGGUGAUAGAGAGAAUUAUGACGAGCUUGUUGGUUAUUUGCACCGGAAAGAGAGUCUUAAUCCCGAUGAUAUUGCUCUACUUGAGACAACUUUGAAGGCACUCUCUGGAACAGUCUCAUGCAUAGAUUCUGUUCAUCACGAAUCUCUUCUUUCUGCAGUUUAUAGAAUGAGCCUGUGGAAUUAUGGAACUUCUAUUAUGGAUGCACUGAUUGAGCUGAUUGUAUCCUUGGCUGCUUCGAAUGGGAAAUAUAUUGAUUGGUCUUUGGAGUUGCUUGUGAAUAACUUCACUCCCCCUUAUCACCUCAUGGAUAGUUUGAAGCAGGAGAGUGGAAUUGAAAAGAAGAAUAAAGUUCUGUCUCGUGUGCAUGCUGCUUUUGAAGCCAUAGCUGUUUUGGUGCCUCUUGCGCCUUUGCGACUGUCUCCAAUAGUUGUCCAGAGGAUGCCCUUAAUCUACAGUAAGGGACCGGAGAUUCUCAUGUACGUGGAGAACAUGUUAAAGCUGGAAAGUGGUGCAAUUGGAGAAAUUGUUGGCGUUACGAUGCUGCCUGCUAUUGUAGAUAGGUUGAUAGAACUUGAUGUUGAAAUUGGAUGGGAUGGCCUCUUGCAGGAAGAUGCCAAAGGCAUAUUUGAAAUGGAAUUAGAGGAUGCCGAAUUUGCGGAUGGGGAUGGGGAUGAUAAUAUGCCUGCUGCAGAAUAUUUAAAUAGGAAAACUUUGGAGGGAAACACAAUUGCUGAGAAAUUAGAUAGCUUGAUUGAGCUUACUUUUUUGCAUCUCGAGUCCUGUCAAAGCAGUGGCCGUUUGUCUGAGGUAUUUGAUGUUCUACUGAGAUCAUUUCAAAGGACUAUUUUGAAUGCCUACAAGUCAAAGUUCACCCAGUUUGUGGUGUUCUAUGCAUGUGCACUGGAUCCUGAAGAUUGUGGUGUGAAGUUUGCCAUGGUUCUUACAGAUAUGUUUCUUAGCAAUUUUAAUCCCCCCAAUACUAGGAUGAGUGCUGUUGCUUAUCUUGCUAGUUAUUUGUCCCGUGCAAAGUUUGUUUCAGCUGCAUUGGUUGCUAGCAUCUUACAAAGAUUGGUUGAUUGGUGUCUUAACUAUUGCCAGUCACAUGAUUCCGUUAUGAACCCGCGAGCACAUCAAGUUUUUUAUUCUGGUUGUCAGGCUCUCAUGUACAUGCUGUGUUUUCGAAUGAGAUCUCUGAUGGAUGCUCCAAGGCUCAAAAUGCAACUUCUAAAUAUGCCCAUGGAGCCAAUCUUGCAACAUAAAUUGAAUCCUUUGAAGGUUUGUCUACCUACUGUAGUAGUGGAAUUCCUAAGACAAGCAAAGGCUGCUAAGCUCUUCAUGACAUCAGAAUCAUUUGCCUUUGAUGAUAUGCUCGAAUCUGAUCUUUCGAGGGCAUUUGGUGGGAUAGAUAGGCUCGACGCGUUCUUUCCUUUUGAUCCUUGUUUACUGAAGAAAAGUGAAAGUUAUAUACGGCCACAUUUUGCUCGCUGGUCAAAGAUCAAAUGUGAUGGUGCCAACGAUGGCGACCUCAGUGAAAGUGGCAGUGAUGCAUCCGAUGACGAAUUUGUCGACAUGAAUGAGAAUGAUAUGAUUGAAGAUGACAUGACAGUGAGUGUACAAGCAGGUUUGGAUUUCGACCCCGACUUGAAUAGAAUGUCUAUCACGCCCAAGAACAAGUUUCUGUUACAUUUUCAACAGCAAAACGCAAGAAUGCCCGCAAGAAUCAGACCAUCCACUAGUCCAGAGUCUUUGUAAUGAAAUUCUUGUGGCGAAAAACAUGUCAAUUUUGCAAUGUUUUGGCGUGGCAGGAUUAGGAAGUCUAUGUUGGUGUUCUUUAUAGUGAAGAAAACGGGGGAGCAUUGUGCAGUGUUUUGGGGUAUUUUUCCCCAUAUUCAGGGCAAUUGUAAGUGUAGUUUUUAACUUAUGUUCACUUUGUGCUGCCUAUUAAGAAAAUGAGCAGAGUAGCCAACAUUUUUAGGAUUCCGCUCGUCGUCACUAUCUUGUAAAUUGUAAUAGUAGUGUUUCAAAAUUAACUACUUUUUUUUUUUGGACGGGAAAAUUAACUACUUGAAAGUAAUAUUAUUUAUUUACUUC